AUGCGGAGUGGCUAUCGAACUCAUUGUCUAGGUUACAAAGCUAGGCCAAACCAAGUUGAGAAUGCAAGGUGUGUGAAGCUUGUAUGCUGCUAUCCCAGCAGAUGGUUCAACAAGUUCCAACAGUUAUGGCAAGUUGAUUCGCCACAUGGGAACAGUGGUAACACAAAUGGCGAUAACACAAAAGGCGAUAACAUAAAAGGCGAUAACACAAACGACGAUAACACAAAUGGCGAUAACAGAAACAACGAUAACAUAAAUGGCGAUAACACAAACGGCGAUAACACAAAUGGCUAUAACACAAACGACGAUAACACAAAAGGAGAUAAUACAAAAGGCGAUAACACAAAAAGCGAUAACACAGAAGGCUUUAACACAAAAGGCGAUAACACAAAAGGUGAUAACACAAAAAGCGAUAACACAGAAGGCUUUAACACAAAAGGCGAUAACACAAAAGGCGAUAACGCAAACGACGAUAACAUAAAAGGCAAUUACACAAAAGCCGAUAACACAAAUGGCAAUAACACAAAAGGCGAUAGCACAAAAGGCAAUAACACAAACGACGAUAACACAAACGACGAUAACACAAAUGGUGAUAACACAAACAACGAUGACACAAAAGGCGAUAGCACAGAAGGCGAUAACACAGAAGGCGAUAACACAGAAGGCGAUAGCACAGAAGGUGAUAGCAUAGAAGGCGAUAAGACAAAAGGCGAUAACACAGAAGGCGAUAACACUGAAGGCGAUAACACUGAAGGCAAUACCACAAAAGGUGAUAACACAAAAGGGACAGACGGCGGUAAAACUUCUCUUCUCCUCUUCCCAUGGCUUUUCACUGCCGCGCAAGCCAUUCUAACUGGGAAAAGUUUCAGUCCUUACAUGUUACUUUUCGGUUACCCACUAAGAUGGUGGUCUUAUCAGGACUCACCGAGCGAAGAAGAGAAGUGGCGUCAGGACCAAUUUUAG